AUAAUGAAAACCAUUAUUUGUUAUUUGUUCAUCUUGGUAGUGGUGGCUUUAAGCUUUAACCAUCACACGGAAGCCGCUGCUACUGACGCUGAAGUUGGCAAAAAGGCUACCGAGAAGUGCAUUAAGGAAGGCAGUUUAGGUGGUGAAGAUACUAAACGCAUAUUGAACGGUGAUAUAUUUAGCACUAAAUAUAAAGAGACCUCCGAGAAACUAAAAUGUUUCUUGCUGUGCUACUAUAAGCAUAUUGGCAUUAUUGGUGCAGAUGGCAAGCAAAAGCCUGAGGUGGUAUUGAAAUAUUUAGAGUCUAGAUUUCCCAAUGAUAAGGAUAAAAUUAAACCAGCCUUGGCUAAGUGUACUAACAUCAAAUCUUCAAAUCCUUGUCAGGUGGUUUAUCAGUUCGAGGAUUGUGUUAUAAAAAAUGUAUCAAAUAUGAAAUAAUAAAAUUUUAAAGAAAA